CUGCCCCGCCCUCUAAGCUGGGGGUUUUUUCUUCGUCGUCGCUUGCACUCGCAGAUGGGUCUUCCCAGACGACUCGCCGCGCAAUAUGGUUGGGGCCUCCGUGCGCGCCGGGCUGCAGCUGCGCCCGGCGGUCUUCUCCGCCCCCUACUGUACCCGCUUUGGGACGGAGGCAUUCGGUGUUGCGGCGGCAGCAGCAGGCGGUCCGGCCCCCCAGCCUGGGCCGCCUUAUGGUAGUCGAAAACCACAUGCACGACAAGUCGUGGGAGCGCCUGCGGCAGACGCAGAUCCAGCCGCCCGAGACUUUUCCAGUAGCGCUACGGCUCCUGGGGUGGACAAUAAGAGCUUUCUAUGGGCGCGCUAUGGGGAGAUGAAGCGGCUGGUGCAGGAUUUGCUCCCCCCGGGGGUGUGUAAUCUUCUGAACCCUUCAACCAUCUAUUCCAAUAAUGAGAUUUCACUGAGUAAUAUCGGAGUCUAUGGAUUUGACUAUGACUACACACUGGCGUUAUACUCACCUGCCCUUCACUCUUGUAUCUACAACACUGCUCGGGACAUCCUUGUGGAGCAGUAUAAGUAUCCCAAGGGCAUCCUGAAGUAUGAAUAUUGGCCAAACUUUGCCAUCCGGGGCUUACACUAUGACAUUGCCAAGGGUUUGCUCAUGAAGAUAGAUGCCUUUCACUACAUUCAGCUGGGCACUGUUUACCGGGGCUUGAAGCCUGUUCCAGAUGAUGAGGUGCUGGAGAUGUAUGAUGGUACCCAUCAUAUCCCGCUGCACCAGGCUAGUGGCUUCUAUGGAAAGGGCCCAGCCAUAAAGCAGUUUAUGGACAUCUUCUCUCUUCCCGAAAUGACCCUCCUGGCUGUAGCCAAUGAUUUCUUCAUCAGCAACGACAUCGAUUACGAUCCCAUCCAUCUCUACAAAGACGUUACGGAUGCCAUCCGGGAUGUCCAUAUUAAAGGUUUUAUGUACAAGUGGAUUAUGCAGGAUCUGGAGAAGUACAUUCUGCGUGGGGAUGAGACAUACGCUGUGCUGCACCGCCUGGCCAACAGUGGCAAGAAGCUCUUCCUCAUCACCAACAGCCCUUUCAGCUUUGUUGAUAAAGGGAUGCGGUACAUGGUUGGAAAAAACUGGCGGGACUUUUUUGAUGUGGUCAUAGUCCAGGCAGACAAGCCUCAUUUCUUCAAUGAUUGUGUCAAACCUUUCCGGAGAUUGGACAGUAAUGGAGAUCUGCAGUGGGACAAAAUAAAUAAAUUGGAGAAGGGGCAGGUGUACAAACAGGGCAACCUCUUUGACUUCCUCCGGCUUACAGGCUGGCGUGGAUCCAAAGUUCUCUACUUUGGAGAUCAUCUCUACAGUGACUUGGCGGACCUGAUGCUGCGCCAUGGUUGGCGGACAGGGGCCAUAGUUCCUGAACUGGAAACAGAGACAAAAAUGGUGAACACAGAACAGUACUCGCAAGCGCUAACCUGGCUGCAAGCCUUGACUGGGUUGCUGGAGCGCAUGCAGAUGUUUAAGGACCCAGAAUCUCAGCAGGUGCUGCAGGACUGGAUGAAGGAGCGGCAGGAGCUCAGGGCACUCACCAAGAAUCUCUUCAAUCCUCAGUUUGGCAGCAUCUUUCGCACAUGCCACAACCCCACGUAUUUCUCGCGCCGCCUGUGCCGCUUCUCAGACAUCUAUAUGGCCUCACUCAGCUGCUUGCUCAACUAUGACCUCAACUACACCUUUUACCCGAGACGUACCCCAUUGCAGCAUGAGGCUCCCCUCUGGAUGGAUCAGCUCUGCACUGGCUGCAUGAAGACUCCCUUUUUGGAAGAGAUGGCGCACAUCCGCUGAGUGGGGAGGGCUGCAGAGUCUCAUGGCUCUGCUUCACUUCCACAAGGGCAGUCGUGAGCUGACUUAAGUCUUGCAUGCUCACCUUUCUUAAAUUAGAAUCCUUGUGGACCAUGGAUGUGUGUAUCACAUUCACAUAGCAAGAGGACUUACUAGGAUUGUUAAGGCCUAAUUCAUUUGUGUUAUGCAGUCUUGAGUAUCCACUCUUGCUUACGGACAUAAGAAGUGCCUUUGCUGACUCUCGGACCAAGGUGCAACUAGUUCAGCAUUCUUUGGAAGAUUCCCAGCAGCCAGUAGGAGCUGGGGGGGGGGCAUCUAAAAUAAAGUUUCAGUUCAAUCUAAAAAUUGGCCAGCAGCCUAUUUGCUGGAGUUUUGGUUUGCCUUCUGCUUAUACAGGGAGUUUGGAAGUCUCUUUCUAUACCUUGUCCACAAGUGGAAUGGAAUGGGAUUGUGUUCCUCUCUGUUCUGGCUUGGGGUGGAUGCGUUUCCCAGGCAAACACACUCUGCAUCUGCGGGGGGGGGGGAGGUGGAAUGUUGGUUUUGGUUCUCCAACUGACAAACUUCUCAGUCCCCUCCUGCAGGACUUUUCCAAGCUGCAGGUGUUUGCAGGUGCUUGAUGUUUACGUUUUCCUCACACUGUUUGGGUUUUUGUGAGGGUGUUUUUUGCUUGCAACAAAGCAGGGUGGGGGGGGUUG